CGAUCCCGCCCAGCUCCAGUAUCCCUUCUAGAAUGACCCUUUCACACACACUCGUUUAACAGGAUUGAAAACGCGUCCAGGGACAAACUGUCCUCAUGGCACCUGGGGUCUUGCAUCCCACCACGUGGGUCCCCUAUCUCCCAUGGAUAGGCGUCGCCUACAUCAUCAAGGAUGCACAAGCACCUCUUUUCAAAGGCCCCUACAAAAGUCUCGUCGCCUUCGUCUCCCUCGCUCUCUACGCCAUCGCAUCCAUCUGGCAGAAUCAGGUGACCAGAAUCGUUCCCGAGCCUUAUCUCGACGAGAUAUUCCACAUCCCCCAAGCACAAGCUUACUGUGUGGGCGAUUUCCAUAUCUGGGACCCGAAACUCACGACUCCUCCGGGGUUGUACGCAUUCGCGACGAUUUUUGGAAACCUGGGCGGGAUUCGAAAUUGCGAUGUCUUCACGCUGCGGCUGUUCAAUACCCUUGUACUUGUUUUAACUAUGUCAUAUGCUUCUUCCUGUCGUGGUCUUAUUAACCGCCUCUCGAAUGCUUCGGCGUUGAAGAUAUCCCCGGAUACGCUGCAUACAGCAUUCAACAUCGCUCUCUUCCCACCUCUCUUCUUCUUCUCGGGACUGUUCUAUACAGAUGUGCUGAGCACGUGUCUAGUCCUGAGGAUGUAUAAGCUGUUCUUACAGAGAGAGCGUGGCGUGUGGUUAUAUGUGGCGGGUGUCUUAGCCUUGACCAUGAGACAGACGAACAUUUUCUGGGUCGCUGUAUAUAUGGGUGGAUUAGAAGUUGUGCGGACUCUGCAGGACAUCCAGCCAUCUCCUCUCAAAGAAACCUCCGAGCCAAAGACUUGGAAAGAGACUGUCAUCUCUACCUUCCGCCGCUACGCGAGGGGCGAGAUCCACGACAUCCCUUUACAAGAUGCUGAAAUCCACGAUUUCGCCCUCUGCGCGCUCAGCAUCGGCAUAGCUACACUAUCCCAUCCGCUCCUCAUCCUAUCCAGAAUAUGGCCUUAUAUCGCGCUUCUACUUUCCUUCGGCGUUUUCGUAUUCUGGAACGGUGGAGUCGUUCUCGGCGAUAAAUCCAACCACGUCGCGACCAUCCAUAUCCCACAGCUCCUCUACCUCUGGCCCUUUAUCACAUUCUUCUCUUUCCCUCUCCUCCUACCAUCCGCUCUCUCGCUCCUCCACUUCCUCGCCACUCCCAUCCUCUCCCUCCUUCCACGCCGCGCCCAAAAGCAAAACCCCCCCUCCCCCACCUCUCCAACCUUCAAAACCCUCCUCCUCCUCCUCCUCCCUCUCCCCCCACUUCUCCUUAUCAUCAAACACAACACUUUGAUCCACCCUUUCACCCUCGCCGACAACCGGCACUACAUGUUCUACAUCUUUCGGUACACGAUCCUGCGGCAUCCGCUCAUCCGCUACUUGUUGGCACCUAUCUACAUCUUAUGCUUCUACCUCGUUUACCGCACCACAUCCUCAUCUCCUCUCCCCCUCCCUCAACAAAAGCAACCCCAAAAACUACAACCCACAACCCCAACCACAACCACCAAAACAUCAUCCGCCCUCCUCCUCCUCCUCGCAACCACCCUCUCCCUAAUCACCGCUCCCCUCGUCGAACCCCGCUAUUUCAUCAUCCCUUGGGUUCUCUGGCGUCUGAACCUCCCUUCCCCCUCCCUCCGCAAAUCCAAAAGCCGAGCUUCGAGAGUGCUCUUAGAAACCCUCUGGUUUUUAAUAGUGAAUCUGGGGACCGGGUACGUGUUCUUGUAUCGAGGCUUUGAGUGGGAGCAGGAGAGGGGGAGGGUGCAGAGGUUUAUGUGGUAGACUUGUAGUUUUUUGGGGGGAAGGGGGUAUGAUAGCUUGAUGGAGAAAAGAAAAGAAAAGAAAUCGGGGUUGGAGAAUGCAGGGAGGGAGGGAUUGGGAUAAUAUAGG